CUGCAUGCAGUCGAGUCAUGCCAGGCUUCCGGGUGAUGGAUAUAAAAUUUACUGAAUUCAAUCAUUGUGAAUUAUACUGAAGUAAAGGUGGUGUGAGCGACAGAAUCGCGCUGACAACUUAUUUACUUUGUUUAUUUUGUGAUGUUUGAGCGACUUCAUUUUCAGUAGCCUUGAUUUGCUGUGUUUUAUUAGCACAAACCGUCUGCGCCUGUUGAAUGUAAUGAUGAUUUCCUGGCUCAAUGUUUUCAUCGCAGUGAUAUUCGCACAAGAUGUAUCCGCUCGCAUCAUGCCGCUUAAAUUCAGUGUCGUAAACCCAAUCCACAUUCAUCCAAGCAGACAUAGAAGAGAUUUGUCAACUAAGGAACAGAAUGGUCAUAUGUUGGGUACAUCUUUUGCUUUUACUGCAAAUAAAAGACAAUACAAAAUAGACAUAUACCUCAACAGGGGUCUUAUUGGCGAGAAGUUUUUGGUAGGAUAUCAGGUUAAAGAUGGCAAUAUCACCAUGGACAAGUCGUUUUCAGAACACUGUUACUACCAUGGCAUGCUGUCUGGAAAACCCAAUACGACAGUCGUUCUCAGCACAUGUAACGGCUUGCGAGGGACUAUUGAAGAUGAAAACGGUAAAGUCUUUGGUAUCGAGCCAGAAGAUCUGUAUAGUGAAGUCGCAAGUCAGAAUCACAUAUUUUACAACUUAGAAGACUUACCUAAACGAGAGUCGAAAUGCGGAGUUGAUCAUGAGCAUUCACACGACUUUAAUAUGCAUGAUGUUUUCGAUAAACACACAAGGCUUCGCAGAAGUCUUCUCACAGAAACAAAAUAUGUAUCUUUGGUUUUGGUGAAUGACAAACGACAGUUCGUUCGAUUAAAAUCAAAUCUCACAGAAGCCGUGCGAAGAGCACUGGAAAUUGGGAACCACGUUGAUUCGAUGUUAAAGACGGUCAAGACGAGGGCUGCCAUUGUCUAUGUUGAAACGUGGAACAUCAUGGAUUUGAUAAACGUGAAAGAACCAGCAGGCGAAACACUUACAGAGAUGCGAAAGUACAACAAAGAUGCCUUAGUGCAUAAUUUGCUAAAGAAGGGAAUCAGAAGAGACAAUGUGCAACUCAUAACUGGCAUUGAUUUCGAAGGGCUAGUUGUUGGCAUGGCAGGUAUCGGCACCAUUUGUGGCCUCUCAUCCACUGGUGUUAAUAUGGAUAAUCACGCAAAUGCGAGAAAAACUGCUGGAACUGUAGCUCAUGAGUUGGGACACAACCUGGGAAUGGCACACGAUACCCCUGGCUGCUCUUGUGGUGGAUCUCCUUGUGUAAUGGCUGCAACCGGAGGUGGAAUACCAAUUGGUUUCACUGGGUGUAGCUUGACAGCCCUUGAUAGACGCAUCACGGACGGUCUGGCUUCUUGCCUUUUCGACAUUCCUCCAAAGCUUUUUGGUCCUCCUGUUUGUGGUAAUGACUUUUUGGAGGAAGGCGAAGAGUGCGAUUGUGGAUCAGUUCUUGAAUGUAAUGCAACUGGAGCAGCAGCCUGUUGCAAUGCAACUACUUGUAAAUUGCAUUCCAGCGCCGAGUGUGCCGUUGGAUCGUGCUGCAAAGAUUGUAAGUUCUUGAAGCAAGGUACUAUAUGUAGGAAGAGAGAGACAGAAUGUGAUCUUGAAGAAGCUUGCAACGGAAAAUCACAUGAGUGUCCUGGCAAUUUUUACUUGGAAGAUGGUGUGGCAUGCAAAAAUGACACCGCUUAUUGUUUUGAGGGUGGCUGUCGAACUCAUAAUGAACAAUGUGAAAUACUUUGGGGAAAAGGAGCAAAGAAGGCGCAUGACUACUGUUUCAGAGAGAACAUGGACGGAACCAAAUGGUCGAGCUGCGGUGAAAAUUCUUUAAAACAGAUGAUCAAAUGCGCCGAGAAGGACAUUUUUUGUGGUACGGUUCAGUGCAAGGACACGCCACACUCUUUUCCCAUUCUUGGAACUGGUGAUGCGGCCAGAUACAAAGGUGUUACUGUUAUUGUGAAUGGCGUUUCUACUUCCAUAUCUUGCAAGCAGGGAGUAACUAGCCUCGGUCCAGAUCUUGACAACCCAACCUUAGCGCAACAGGGAACCAAGUGUGGAGAUGGAAAAAUCUGCAUUUCUCACAAAUGCGUUAAUAUGUCUUCUCUUGACUUCAUCAAACCAUGUCCGAAUGGAACUUGCUUCAAUGGAGGGGUCUGUAAUAACCUCGGACAUUGCCAUUGUCCCCUUGGCUUUGCCUGUCCAGACUGUAAGCAUCCUGGUGAAGGAGGUAGUGUUGAUUCCGGUCACAAAUGUUACACACCGGCUACAAAACCGCAGUCAGGCUUAACUACUUUAGCAAAAAGUCUGCUGAUUCUGUUCCUUGGAGUCGUUCCAGUUUGCAUCAUAGCCAUUAUUUUGCUGUACAAGUUCAGAUCCUCGUUGCCAUGCAGGCCUUCAUCUGGCUCAAAUGCUUCUGCGCAGCAAUCCAGGUCAACUGCAGCCAGGGAGAAUAACACACCCGACGUUGCUUUCAAGCCCCAAUCAAAGUCACCUGUCAGUAUGAGCCAAGGGACGCAUCAUAUGUCAGUCAACAAAGGCUUUUCUUCUUCGCCAAAACCUGCCAACCCACCUCCAAGAAAUCCUCCGGCAGUACCGCAGUCUAAGCCUGUUCAGCCGUCAGCCCCAAGACUCAAUCCUGUCUCCCCACCCGCCAGGGCUUCGCCUUUGCCGCCGACACGACCUGCUGGUCACCCACCGCCAAAGCCUGGAAAACUCCCGCCUUUGGUCCCACAGAAGCCACGUUGAUGUAUUUUAUGGCCUGAUGGUGAUGCAAACUCUACUGCACAUAUGUUAUUAGAAUAAAAUUUCUUAUUAUUUAAGGAUGCAAAAUCCAGGAAAUUUACCAAUUAUCGUUGCCGGCUUUGGAUUGGAGAAUAAAAUCAAGGUUUUUCUAAAACCUUUUUCACAAGACGAGAUAACUGAAAACUUACUUUUUGGUCCGCUUUAGACCAAAAAGCGAUUCAAUCGGAUGUUAAUUGUUUGUAUUAUAGGGUUUAACUUUGCAAGAAAUAUUUUUGUAGUAAGUAAAAAUCAAGCAAUAUUUUGUAAUAAACGUAAUUAAAGAGCCUUGCAUUAUGAAGUGUUGGGUAAUGUUUGUCACGAAAGAUCAAAGUCAUGAAGCAGAAUGAGUCGUAGUUGACCUUGAAAAGAUUCCAUUGCGUCAAAGGCCAGGGGGGGGGUACUCCCAUUAUGGUCUGACAGGGGGUCCGGUCAGGGUCAAAGAGGGUCAACGCUAAAAUUUUAGAAAAUUACCCUCAAAUGGUAGUACUUUUUGAAAAAAAACCUCUCAAACGGUAGCAUAAAAACCGAAAAUAUUUCCUUGCUAGCAUCCAUUUCUUUGUGUUCUCUUCGUCCUUUUUUGAAAAAUUUCUUCAUAAUUGAUUGUUAUUGUUUCGGGAAAGGUAAAUCUUGUUCAUUAUCUAUAACAAAUCGCAAGUUAAACUGAGCAGUUCAGUUAUUAUCGAAAAUGGGCCAUUUGGAAGCCAUUUGGUAAGACCCUCAAACGGACUGGACCCCCCUGUCAGGCCUUAAUGGGAGUACCCCCCCCCCCGGGGGUCAAAAGUAGAGGCAUUUUAGGACCCCAAGCCCGUCACCUACUAAAACGCAUUUUUCUGUGAUAAGGUGUUGUUUGUGAACCAAACAAGUAUCAAGCCAGCAAGUAAAUCGAAUGCCACUGAACUCUUGCCCUCCUUCCUCUCACAUCUAAUGCCUAUUUAUGUUGCCACGAAUGUUUCAUUUGAUAGAGCUCACCUUUUGACGCUUAAUUCAAUGAUUCUGUUUUCUAUACAUUAUAUUUCCUUAUCUAAUCGAGCUCAAAGAUACGUACAACCUUAUCGAAUCUCUUGUUUCUGAGCAUGUUUGCGAGUGACGUCACAGAUUCAGACGUCCAUUAGUAAUUACAAAUUCCUCUACACUAUAUCGCACCAUUUCACUUAGAUAAUGUAAUUUUUCAUUGAUAAAAUAAAAUUGGUUUAGCUAUAUGAAUGCUAAAUGUAUGUUGCAUAAAAUGACUUAAAUUCUUAAUUUGAAUGUAUGCUAAUUUUUUACUUUUUUCAUACUGCGUGAAAAUAUUUUAGCACUUGUGUGAAGCACAACCAGA